CAAUGCCCACCAUCCUUUAAUUUGUGAGUCCUGCCCUCCUGCUAGCUCAAACCCCCCCCCCUUCUGCUAGCUAGCGUCGUCGUUGAUUGUCUGGCAAUGGCGAGAGCUGAGAUGCUCCGCCUCGCGCUGUGCCUCGUGGCCUCCGCACUGGCCGCCACCGGUGCCGGCGGAGCGAGGAAGACGAUUGGGGUGUACGAGCUCAGGCAUGGGGAUUUCUCCGUCAAGAUCACCAACUGGGGCACCACGAUCAUGUCGGUCAUUCUCCCCGACUCCAAAGGGAACUUGGCUGAUGUCGUCCUUGGCAAGGACACUAUCGCUGAAUACAUUAACGACACUUCUUUCUUCGGCCCGGUGGCCGGGCGCGUAGCAGGGAGAAUUGCCAGGGGCCGGUUCGUCCUCGACGGGAAAGUAUACCAUCUGGACAUCAACGACGGCAGGAAUACGCUUCAAGGUGGCGGCAGAGGAUUCAACAAAGUCAUCUGGACGGUGAAGGAGUACGUCGCCGGCGGCGACUCCCCGUACGUCACCCUAUACUAUCGCAGCUUCGACGGAGAGCAAGGUUUCCCGGGUGACCUGGACGUGUACGUGACGUACCGUCUGUCGCCGUACGAGCUGGGCGUGCACAUGAACGCGACGGCGCUGGGCAGGGCGACGCCGGUGAACCUCCUGCAGCACACGUACUGGAACCUGGGCGGGCACGGCGCCGGCGACGUGCUGGGCCACACGCUCCGGCUCCACGCGUCGCGCUACACCCCGCUGGACGCCGAGAUGCUGCCGUCGUCGGGCCGCGGCGCCGCGCCCGUCGCCGGCACGCCCUUCGACUUCCUCGCGCCGACGACCGUCGGCGCGCGCAUCCGCGGCGUCGUGGGGGGGCGCGUGCUCGGGUACGACGCCAACUACGUCGUCGAUGGGGAGCCCGGCGAGAUGCGGCCCGUGGCACGGGCCCUGGACGGCGCGUCCGGCAGGACGCUGGAGCUGUGGGGCAACCAGCCGGCGAUGCAGCUCUAUACGGCCAACUGGCUCAACCACACCAAGGGGAAAGGCGGCGCGGUGUACGAGCGGUACGCGGGGUUCUGCCUGGAGACGCAGGGGUACCCCGACGCCGUGAACCACCCUGAGUUCCCGUCGCAGAUCAUCAGGCCUGGCCAGGUGUACAGGCACGACAUGGUCUUCAAGUUCUCGUUCUAGACCGCCGGCGAUUGUAUUAGUUUGUGUCUAAUAGGACCAGGGCAGCCAUGUGGCAGAGUGGCAAUGCACUUGUUGGUUGUGGACUUGUGGAGAAAUAGUGCUUCAAGAUCCAUUACGUGUCUAAGGCUGUUCGUUCUUCUUUGCAUCCGUUAUUUUAGCAUAAGAUUUUUGUUCCAAAAAAAACCCCUAGUUUAUAACAUGUUCGCAGCUUUUCUCGGUAUG